GUGCUAAGGAACGAUGAGGUGGUUCAUUGUGUUCUGUGUCGUCAGUGUUUUUGGACAAAAUGUCACUGAGAAUGAUGAGCCACCGGAGUCGAUAUUCGAUUAUCACUCAAUGCCUGCGCUGUCUGAGUUGGACGACUUCGACCUUUGUCUGAAGAAGCCUGACGCAGUCUACUGCAUCGUAGACCUGGAACUUCUAGAAGACGAUACGCCAUUGUAUCAGUUUAUAAAGAACUUCUCCUCAUUAUCGUACAAGAACUAUCAGCACUCGAAACUGCAUCGAGGAGUGUGUGGCUCCAAGCAUUGUGGCCUGAACACUAGUCACGCAGACGCUGGCGAGUCUACGUCAGAAGCUUUGAAGAACUGCCUGAAUACCAGCAUACAUCAGGGGUAUGGAUUGCAGACCACUAAUAAAUUCAUGCUGGCUUUCUGUGUCCAAACGAACUGGAAAGCUUUGAAACAUGGAGGUAGCGCUGAGGGUGGGAUCUUCAAAUGCUUCCAGGCAUUGAGAUUCUACACAAUGGUGAUGAUCUUAGGUCUACAUUCGAUGAUAUUUAUCGGCUACGGAUAUACCGCUAACCCAGAGUUUAUUGAGAAUUCUUACGACGACUUCUUCAAGGCUCUCCUCUUCAACGCUCGAGUGAUAGUUCAGAUCUUCUUCGUGAUGGGAGGAUUCCUCAUGGCUUACAAGAUGCUGGUGUACGCUGAGUCUCAUCCGUUCACUUUGAAGACUGUUCCUAUGGCGCUCGUUAAUAGAUGGUUGAGGUUAAUGCCAGCAGUACUAGUGGUAAUGGGUCUAGCAAUGACCUGGGUGCCCCAUAUGGGGUCUGGACCGAUGUGGGAUGCGGUGGUGAAGAGAGAAAGAGAUAUGUGUCGCAUGAAUUGGUGGCAGCUGGUGAUCUUGAGCCCUAAUCUGUUCCCGUUUGAGCACCUCUGCUUACCUCAGGCUUGGUACCUCGGUACAGACACCCAGCUGUUCCUAAUAACCUUGGUAGUCCUACUCAUCAUCUGGAGAUGGCCUAGAAGUGGAGUACCAGUUCUCUCUGCGGUUAUGGUCAUAAGCUUGCUGAUACCUUUCCUGCAGAGCUACUUUAUGAACUUACUACCUAUUAGAGUCAGCAUAUUCCCUGAAUCAAUAAGGGAUAUAUUCGGAUACAACGACACGUUCUACCAUGCGUAUGUGUCAGCGCAAGGCAACUGGGCUGGUUAUCAUCUUGGAGUAUUGACUGCUUACUUCUAUCAUAAGGCCCAGCAGAAGAAAUGGGAUCUUAGAGGGUCUAUGCUCAUGAAACUCCUCUUCCUGGCUUCUAUUCCGGUCGCAGGUGGAGCUGUCCUCAUGGGUUGGGAUCUCCAUCAUCGUGAGGCAUCAGCCUUCGAGGCCGCUGUGUUCAAUGCUUUGAACCAGAACUUCUUCGCUCUAGCUAUCUGCGUGUUCAUUAUCGGAUACUUUUAUAAGUUGAACAGAAUCUACGUAGGCUCCGUAGAAUGGGGACCUCUACAGCCACUAGGCAGAAUGUCCUACUGCGCCAUGCUGCUUCACGCCACGGUGCUGAGGACAUAUGGAGGUCAGAUGAGGAGGUCUUUCUAUGCUACUGAUUAUACUGCUAUAAUGUUAUACGCCGGUAUAGUAACAACGACUUAUCUCUUCGCUCUUCCUCUCUAUCUCUUCGUGGAAGCUCCAGCCUGUCAGCUACAGAAACUCCUUCUUGGCCCCAAAAGAAAACCUGAAAGAAAAGAGAUGGAAGAUUCUAACGCCAAUCACGUCAAACCUGGAAUUUCAAACGUAUCUGUCAACACCGUAUCUACACAUAUCUAAAUUUAUAGCAACCUGUAUAUAUUUUCAAUCUUGCAAUGGAUUUUGAACUUUAUACUCAGUGAGGUAGGACUCGUAAUGGUAUAAUUUUCUAUUUAGAAAAUUUGUAACACUGUAAUAAUAAUUUAAUCAUGCAUUCGACUUUGUACUCUA